UUAAAUAAAAAACACAACAAAGACAUCUUCUUCUCUUCUUCUUCAUCUAUGAUUUUUCCUGUUAAAGAGAAGAUUUGAAGAGAAGAGAACCGCUUUAUCAUAAGAAAAAAAAUUAAAUUUUCACGUUUGCAGAAAAUCACUUAUAUAAUUUUAAGUGCCAUAUAUAUGAGAGAGAGAAAAAUAAAAAAAGCAGAAGAGUAAUAACAGGAAAAGAAAUCUUGUCUUUUGCUUAGUUGCAUUGAAUUCAUUCAACCCUCUUUCUAUCUCUAUCUCUUCUCUUUGUAUCUAUAUAACCGACUCUCUCUCUUUCUAACUCUCUCUGCUUUUUCCAUACAAAAAGGAAAAUGAUUUUAAGGCGGUUUCAUAAUCCAUGAAACUUACGAAAGAGUAAACAAAAAACAAUACUAUUUCAAAAGAAAAAAAGAACAAGAACAAGAGACAAAUAUUUUAGGUUCUUUUUUUCUUUUCUUUUGUUAUAUAUAUAUAUAUAUAUAUAUAUAAUAUGGCUGCUUCAAGUGUUAAAAAUCUCAACCAAACCACUACUCAAUUAGAACCACUCCCACCACAACAUCAUCAAAAUCAUCACUUUCAUCAUCAACAACAUCAACAACAACAACAACAACAUCAUCAAAAUAAUCAAAUUUCUUUUGGAAUGAUGCAAUCUUCUUCAUCACUCUCUGUCCCAGGAAGCAGCUACAUCAGAAAUAAUAAAGAUUCAGGAGCUUAUGAUUUGGGUGAAUUGGAUCAAGCACUUUUUUUGUAUCUUAAUGGACAAACUGACCCAACUAGUGUUCAUGAACAAAAACAGAAUUCAUCAUCAUCAGGAAUGAGGCCUCCAACUCUUAACAUUUUUCCUUCUCAACCUAUGUACGUAGAGCCAUCAUCAUCAAAUUCUAAGGCUAGCAUGGAGUUAAUUUCUUCGGAAACAAGUGGAUCGAAGAGAGGAUCAGAGGCGCCGUCUAUGGAGUUAACCAAUUCAAGAAAAGAAAUUGCUUCUGGCUCUCAGCAACCCAAACCUGUUAAGCAACGAGAGAGGAAUAAUCAUGGCAAGGGUCCAACUUCAAGUUCUGAACAUGAAGGACCUAAAACACCAGAUCCUAAGACACUGAGAAGACUUGCUCAGAAUAGAGAAGCAGCUAGAAAAAGCAGGCUAAGAAAAAAGGCAUAUAUUCAACAACUAGAGUCAAGCAGAAUCAAACUUAAUCAGAUGGAACAAGAGCUUCAGCGUGCUAGAAAUCAAGGCAUGUUCUUUGGUGGAGGUGCAAUUUUGGGUGGUGAACAAGGUCUUCCUAUUUCAAUGAAUGGCAUUAGCUCAGAGGCUGCAAUGUUUGAUGUGGAAUAUGCAAGGUGGUUAGAGGAGCACCACCGUUUAGUGUGUGAACUAAGAGCUGCAAUUCAAGAGCACAUUCAUGAGAAUGAUCUAAGAAUUUUUGUGGACAAAUUCUUGCAACAAAUUGAUCAAGUAUUGCAUCUAAAAAGCUUAGUUGCAAAAUCAGACAUAUUUCAUCUUGUUUCUGGUAUGUGGGUUACCCCAGCUGAACGUUGCUUCAUGUGGAUUGGUGGAUUCAAACCUUCUGAACUCAUUAAGAUUAUUGUGAGUCAAAUUGAGCCUGUGACUGAGCAACAAAUAAUGGGCAUAUAUGGAUUACAACAAUCUACACAACAAGGAGAAGAUGCUCUCUCUCAAGGACUUGAAGCUCUUAAUCAAUCUCUUUCAGAAACUAUAACAUCAGAAUCAUUGAGUUACCCUCCCAACAUGAAUAAUUACAUGGAUCAAAUGUCUAGGGCCAUGAACAAACUCUCCACCCUUGAAAGUUUCGUAAGAGAGGCGGAUAAUCUACGACACCAAACCAUUCACCGUUUGAAUCAGAUCCUAACAACUCGUCAAGCAGCGAGGUGUUUUCUUGCCAUGGCCGAGUACUUCCAUCGCUUGCGAACCUUGAGUUCUCUGUGGUUGGCACGCCCUCGUCAAGAAUAGCUAGCAUGCAGUGGCACCCUCUAGCUCCCCCAACCUAAAAAGCUAACUAUAGCUAUAUAAAUAUAUGCAUGGUCCUUAUAUUAUAAUUUGUAGCUUCUUAGUUUCUCUUUAAGAUUAUAAAUUAAAUUUAAUGUUCUCUUCUCUCCCUUUGGUACCACCCUCCCCCCCUUUUAAUCCUAAGCUCUGUACAAAUAACUAUAUAUAAUAUAUAUAGUAGAAUUGAAAUGAAAUGAGAUUUUAACAA